AUGAAUCCUCAGAACAAGAAGAGAAAGAAGCAAAAGCUGAACCCAGAAGCCGAGUUUCGCAUCUCACUGGAUCGUUGCUCGAAAACCAAAGACCUCUCCGCCGCCAUCUCCCUCUACGAGUCCUCCCCCACUCCUACUCUCUCCCUGAACAACCUCAACUCCCUCUUGUAUAUCUGCUCAAACUCUUUAACCAAUUUGGAGACUCGAGACCUCGCAAUCGAAUUUGGGUUCAAGCUCUUCGACCUCCAUAGGAGUAACAAUUCCAGUAUUUUCAAGCCAAACGAGGCCACACUCACAGCCGUUGCUCGGCUGGCCUCAGCCAAGGGCGAUGGGGACUAUGCAUUUGAGCUUUCGAAGAGUGUAAACAAAUAUGCGCUUGCGCCGAAGCUCAGGACUUAUGGGCCGGCACUUUUCUGCUUUUCGGAUAAUGGGAUGUCGGAUAAGGCGUAUGAAGUGGAAGAGCAUAUAAAAUCUGUGGGGCUGCAGCUGGAGGAGCCUGAGCUCGCAGCGUUGUUAAAGGUGAGUGUGGAGUCGGGAAGGGAGAAGAAGGUUUAUGAGUAUUUGCACAAGCUGAGAGCAGCAGUAAGGGGUGUUAAUGAGUCAACAGCAGAAAUUAUAGAAAGUUGGUUUAAAGGCGAAAAGGCUGCUAUGGCGGGUUUGGUUAACUGGGAUGAAGAUGAGGUAAAGGAAGCAAUUCUGAGGAAUGGAGGUGGUUGGCAUGGGCUUGGGUGGCUUGGGACAGGUAAGUGGAUCAUACAUAGAUCUAGUGUGGCCUCAGAUGGAAGGUGCUGUGCGUGUGAUCAGCAGUUGACAUGUGUUGACAUUGAUAGAGCCGAGACUGAGAAGUUUGCACAAUCAGUUGCUUCUUUAGCAAUGGAAAGGGAAGUGCAGUCCAAUUUCAAGGAAUUUCAGGAUUGGAUACAACAAAAUUCUGAAUAUGAAGCUGUGGUUGAUGGAGCAAAUAUUGGUCUUUACCAGCAAAACUUCGCAGAGGGCGGCUUCAGCGUUUCACAGCUUGAGGCAGUCGUUAAAGAACUGUAUAAUAAGAGCAACAGAUGGCCACUAAUUAUUUUACACAAUAAGCGUGUACGAACGCUUCUUGAGAAUUCUUCUAUAAGAGAACUGGUUCAGGAUUGGAUAGAUAAAAGAAUUCUGUAUGGUACACCAUAUGGAUCAAAUGAUGAUUGGUAUUGGCUUUUUGCAGCUGUGAAACUCAAGUGCUUGCUAGUGACAAAUGAUGAAAUGAGAGAUCACAUUUUUGAGCUCAUAGGGAGCAGUUUUUUCCUCAGAUGGAAAGAAAGGCACCAGGUUAAAUAUACGUUCAUAAAAAAUAAUCUGAAGCUCCUGAUGCCACCAUCAUAUUCUGUCGUCAUGCAGGAAUCUGGGAACGGUUCAUGGCAUGUGCCUCUAUCAGGCGGAGCAGGUGACGAGUCUUUUAGAAGUUGGCUCUGCAUCACCCGGCAAGGCAUUUGUGAAAAUUCUAUAAUAAGUGCUCAAGUUUCUGGUGCAAAAGAAAUUACCUGUCCUUAA